UUGUCCAUGGCACCCUCUCUUCUAAGCCUUGUUGUACGGCCACUUCGGUUUUUCUUCUUAAUCAUCAUUCCAGUUUUUGUGUGUUCCUCUAUUAAUACUUCUGAAACAAGAGGAGAAACCAAGGCCCUCCUGAAAUGGAAGGACAGCCUUCAUAUAAAUCCAAAUCAUCCUCUGCUCCCCUCUUGGAACCUUCUUCCUUCUCACAAUUUCACCGCUUGCCAGUGGAAUGGGAUCACUUGUAAUGAGUUUGGAAAUGUGGUCAAGAUUAUUCUUCCAAGCUGUAAUCUGAGAGGUACGCUCCAACACUUCAACUUCUCAUCAUUUACCAACUUACUCAAAUUGAACCUCAAUAACAACUCCCUCUAUGGAAGUAUCCCCUCCCACAUUACCAACCUUUCCAAACUCACCCACCUUGAUAUAGGAUUCAAUCAUCUCUCUGGGAUUAUACCACUUGAAAUAGGCAUGUUGCUGUCAAUUGAAUAUUUUGAUGCUUCCAAUAACAAUCUUUCUGGUUCCAUUCCUAUCUCCAUUAGAAACCUUAGCAACCUAGCAAACUUAGAUGUUCAUGGAAAUAAAAUAAUUGGCUCAAUUCCUCUUGAGAUAGUACAACUUAAAUCUCUCACUAAGCUUUAUUUGUAUGAUAAUAAUCUCACUGGCCCAAUUCCUGUGUCCAUUGGAAACAUGAGUAAUUUAUCCAUUUUGAGUCUUGAUGGAAACAAAAUAGUUGGCUUCAUACCUCCUGAAAUUGGACAACUUAAAUCUCUCACCGAGCUUUAUUUGUAUGACAAUAAUCUCAGUGGCCCAAUUCCUGUGUCGAUUGGAAACAUGGGUAAUUUAUCCAUUUUGAGUCUUGAUGGAAACAAAAUAGUUGGCUUCAUCCCUCCUGAAAUUGGACAACUCAAAUCUCUCACUGAGCUUUAUUUGUAUGAUAAUAAUCUCACUGGCCCAAUUCCUGUGUCCAUUGGAAACAUGAGUAAUUUAUCCAUUUUGAGUCUUCAUGGAAACAAAAUAGUCGGCUUCAUACCUCCUGAAAUUGGACAACUUAAAUCUCUCACCGAGCUUUAUUUGUAUGAUAAUAAUCUCAGUGGCGCAAUUUUUGUGUCGAUUGGAAACAUGGGUAAUUUAUCCAUUUUAAGUCUUCAUGGAAACAAAAUAGUUGGCUUCAUCCCUCCUGAAAUUGGACAACUCAAAUCUCUCACUGAGCUUUAUUUGUAUGAUAAUAAUCUCACUGGCCUAAUUCCUGUGUCCAUUGGAAACAUGAGUAAUUUAUCCAUUUUGAGUCUUCAUGGAAACAAAAGAGUUGGCUUCAUACCUCCUGAAAUUGGACAACUUAAAUCUCUCACCGAGCUUUAUUUGUAUGAUAAUAAUCUCAGUGGCCCAAUUCCUGUGUCGAUUGGAAACAUGGGUAAUUUAUCCAUUUUGAGUCUUCAUGGAAACAAAAUAGUUGGAUCCAUCCCUCAUGAGAUUGGACAACUUAAAUCUCUCACCAAGCUUUAUUUGUAUGAUAAUAAUCUCAGUGGCCCAAUUCCUGUGUCGAUUGGAAACAUGGGUAAUUUAUCCAUUUUGAAUCUUCAUGGAAACAAAAUAGUUGGAUCCAUCCCUCAUGAGAUUGGACAACUUAAAUCUCUCACCAAGCUUUAUUUGUAUGAUAAUAAUCUCAGUGGCCCAAUUCCUGUGUCGAUUGGAAACAUGAGUAAUUUAUCCAUUUUGCGUCUUGAUGGAAACAAAAUAGUUGGAUCCAUCCCUCAUGAGAUUGGACAACUUAAAUCUCUCACCAAGCUUUAUUUGUAUGAUAAUAAUCUCAGUGGCUCAAUUCCUGUGUCCAUUGGAAACAUGAGUAAUUUAUCCAUUUUGAGUCUUGAUGGAAACAAAAUAGUGGGCUUCAUCCCUCCUGAAAUUGGACAACUCAAAUCUCUCACUGAGCUUUAUUUGUAUGAUAAUAAUCUCACUGGCUCAAUUCCUGCAUCUAUUGGAAAUCUAAAAUCCCUUGCUGAGUUCGGGUUGUUCACUAACAGCAUUACAGGAUCCAUUCCUUUAGAAAUGGACAAUCUUACAAACCUGGAAUAUUUAGAAUUAACUGAGAACUUCUUGUCUGGCUAUCUUCUUGGAAAUAUUUGUCUUGGUGGGAGACUUAAAUGGUUUACAGCAGAUUAUAACCAUUUCAGAGGUUCCAUUCGUAAAAGUUUGAAAAAUUGCAGUUCCUUGGUCCAUGUUUCACUUUUAGGGAAUCAACUAAACGGAAAUAUAUCAGAAGAGUUUGGAAUAUACCCGAAACUUGAGUACAUGGACUUAAGCAACAACAAGUUUUUCGGUAAACUUGGUAGAAACUGGGGACAAUGUCCAAAUCUCACUAUGCUGAACAUCUCUAGUAAUAAAAUUUCCGGUAGUCUACCUCCUGAACUUGGGAAGGCUAUUCAAUUGCAUGUACUUGACCUCUCCUCCAAUCUUCUAGAAGGGACAAUUCCAAAGGAAUUGGGACAAUUGAAACUGUUGUAUAUUCUCAAACUGAACAACAAUACACUUUCAAGUAAGGUUCCUACUGAAAUUGGGAUGUUAAGUGACCUUGAAGAGCUCGACCUUGCAGAAAACAAAUUGAGUGGUCCAUUUCCCAAACAUUUGGAGCAGUGUUCAAACCUACGAGACUUGAACUUGAAGAAGAAUAUACUCAGUGGAUCUAUUCCUUUCCACAUCGGGAAUUUUCACUCACUUCGAAAUGUUGAUCUAAGUCAAAACAUGCUCACAGGAGAGUUGCCUCUAGAGCUUGGACAUUUGAACAUGUUAGAAACACUCAACCUCUCCCAUAACAAUCUCUCUGGAUCAAUACCAUCUUCAUUUCAAGAGCUGAUAAGUUUGAUAUCUGUUGAUGUGUCAUACAAUCAGUUAGAAGGUCCUCUCCCCAAAAACAAAGCCUUCAUUGAGGCCCCAAUUGAAGCAUUGGAACAUGAUAAAGGGUUGUGCAGCAGCGGCAACAACACUAGGUUAAAGCCUUGCCCCAUACAAAAAAGGAAUAGCAGUAAAAAUGUAAUAUUUGCCGUCAUAGUGUCUAUAUCUUGCAGUCUAGUUCUGUUAUUAUUUAUCAUUGUUGGUGUAGUGUUUAUUCACAGAAAAAGAGACACGAAUAUGGAUGAGUCAAGACAAACACAAGAGACUGUAACUUUCUAUGAAGCAUGGGGCUAUAAUGGCAAAAAAGUUCAUGAAGAAAUAAUUGAAGCCACCGAGAACUUUACUAACUAUUGCAUUGGAGUUGGAGGAUAUGGAAGUGUCUACAGAACACUUUUGCCAACGGGUCAAGUUGUUGCUGUGAAAAAAUUUCAUGAGAAUGGAGGAGGGGCUGGUAAAGAAGCUUUCGAAAGUGAGACUAGUGCGUUGACAAGAGCACGCCACCGAAAUAUUAUUAAGCUUUACGGAUUUUGUUCACAUGCAAGACAUUCCUAUUUGGUGUACGAGUUCAUGGAAGGGGGGAGCUUAGCAAAGAUAUUAAGCGAUAAUGCUAAGGCAAUGCAGUUGGACUGGAGCAAGAGAUUAAAUAUUGUGAGAGGUUUAGCCAAUGCCAUAUUCUAUAUGCACUACGACUGUUGUCCUGCUAUAAUUCAUAGAGACAUAUCGAGCAAGAAUGUUCUGUUGGACGAUGAAUAUGAAGCUCAUAUUUCCGACUUCGGCUCGGCUAUAUCUUUACAUCCACAAUCGUCAAAUUGGACUCCAUUUGCAGGAACUUUUGGAUACUCAGCCCCAGAGCUUGCUUAUACGAUGGAAGUAAACGAGAAGUGUGAUGUGUACAGCUUCGGAGUUGUAAUAUUAGAAUUGAUCAUGGGAAAGCAUCCAGCAGAUCUCAUACUGUCUCUAUCAGCAUCAUCAUCAAUACCAGAUGUUCAUCAAACUCUGCCCAAGGAUUUACUGGAUCAUCGCCUCUCACCUCCAGAGAAUGAAGCAGCAGAGAAAGUUGUCUCCGUUGUCAACAUAGCAUUUACAUGUGUUCAACCAAGACCUCAAUCUCGACCAACUAUGAAACAAGUGUCUGUCAAGCUAUCCACUUCAGUGCCAUAACAAUCAGAGCCUCUUCGUACAAUUACGUUGAAGUAGCUGUUUGAUCUCCCGACUUAGACACCCUGAAUGGUUGCAAUCUUUCCUCGUUUCGUGUUGUGUGUUAGUAAUUGCUUGAUUUUUCUUUCCAUCUGUCGUUGUGUUGAAGAUUUCUUUUCUCUUACUUUUUUGUAUGUGCCAUGGUUUGAUGAUUCAUUUGAUUAUAGGAAAGCAUCCAGGGGAUCUAAUUCAUCAGCGUCAGAUGUUCAUCAAUUUCUUCAUAGGGGUUUAUUGAAUCACUGCUUCUCAUCUUGGAUACAUCAAGUAGCAGAAAAAGUUGUUUUCUCAAAGCUAGCAUUUGGUUUUCUGCGGCCUAGUCCACUGUCUCAGCCAACUCUGUUACCAUGCCUCAACCGCAUUCUAUCACUUUCUCAUUAUAGGUCUGGCCUUGUUUUGCUUUCAGGUUUACCUGUUUUAGACCAUGACAAUUAUCAAAAUCUUUAAUAGCAAAUUGUUAGUUUGUUGUAGCA